UAUGCAUAUAUAAGACAUACCUGCAGCAUGUACAACAUGGAAAGUUUUCUCACUACAUAAAUUUUUUAUCUAGCCUUCUACAUAUUGUUAAUUUUUGCAGGAGAGCAAAUGGCAGAAAUAUCGUUGGAUACGGAGAAAGAGAUCAAUGCUGCGGAGACGAAGAAACCUGGAGCAAGGGUGAGUGAUGUGAGUCUGAAAGAUGUGAGCCUGGAGCAUGUCACUUACAACGCCAAGGUCUCAUUCACUAAUCCAUUUAGUACUCCCGUCCCCAUUCUUGAGAUCUCUUACGCUCUUAAAGCUGCCAACAGGGAAAUUGCCUCAGGAACUACUUCGAACUCAGGACGAUCGAUUAUGGCGAACGAUGCAAUCGUAGUGGAUCUGGAAAUGGAAGUGCCGCACAGUGUGCUGCUGAGUAAUUUGGUGCGAGACAUUGCUGCAGAUUGGGACAUUGACUAUGAGCUGGGAAUUAAUUUUGUCAUGAAUGUGCAUAUUGACUACGACUUGGUGAUUAAUUCUGUCCUCGAUGUCCCGGUUCAUGGAAAUAUUACCAUUCCGAUUUGUAGCCAAGGCCAGAUCAAACUUCCUGCUUUGUCCGAUCUAUCAAUUUUAUCGUGGGUUCGUUUAUUAUUGCCGUUCGGGAAAUCAGUAGUAAUUGUUUUCUCAAGAGCAUGUCUAAAUGUAUUUGAUGAGGUUCGAAAACAAAUUAUUGAAAAAAUGCUUAGAUACAAAGCCAAAUAUUUAUAAAGAAAAUAGGUCUUUUUAUGCCAUCAUAUACUGAUGAUCGCUUACUUUGGCUUAUAUAAAUACAGUAUUGGCAAAUAAGCCAUAUGCCAAACACAGUCCGGUUAAAUUUAUAUAUUCAUCAAAUUUUUAUCCGUGAA